UUAAAAGAUGGCGGACUAAGUUAAGCCUCGCAAUGGGCCAGUCAUAAUAAUAUGAUUCAAAUUUGUUUUUGGUGAGAAUCGAACAUAAGACCUCUCAAUUACAAGCGAAAAGGAAUAUCAUUAAACCGUACUACUAAUUAGCGACGCCGUAUUUUGGAUAUCUCCACCUUGAAGUCUUGUUUCAUGUAUAUCUCUCCCCUUACCCUUAGACUUCAGAUUGAUUGUGGACUUUCCCUCCGGUCAACCUUCACUCCCGAAGCAUCCCGCUGGUAUUUAUAUAAUAAUCCUAACAACUUCCGGUGUUGUUAAAUAAUCCCCCAUCUAUACCAUAUUAUCAAUGUCAAUGCUGGUUCAUCUUCUGUAUAAAAUCUCAGUUCCUCUGCAAAAAAAAACAAUGAUUCAUUUCAAGCCCAACUGAUUUGUGCGUGAUGAGUUCUCGAGUUUUGUUUGGUUUGUUUCUUGCAGUAGUAGCAAUUGCAUCAGUGGAUUGCAACUCGGAAAGAGAUGCUCUGAAUGUCUGGAAACAUGGAUUGGUCGACCCAAGCAAUGCCCUCCAGAGCUGGAAUUCAACGUUGCCAAGUCCAUGCACCUGGUACCACAUUACUUGCAAUUCCGAAAACAGCGUUAUAAGGGUGGACCUCGGCGAUAAUAACCUGUCAGGAAUUCUUGUCCCUGAGCUGGGAAUCUUGGCCAACCUUGAGUACUUGGAGGUAUAUGGCAAUAACCUCUUUGGAUCUAUUCCAGAGGAAAUUGGUAAGUUGAAAAAACUCGUCAGCUUGGAUCUUUACCAGAAUAAUCUCACGGGGACAAUUCCGACAUCUUUGGGACAGCUCAGUUCCUUGAGGUUUAUGAGGUUCUACAACAAUCGUCUGACCGGAUCUAUUCCUCCUAGUCUUGGCAAUUUGACAUCUUUACAGAUCCUGGAAUUAAACAGUAACCUGCUUACUGGCACCGUACCGGUAGAGGUCAGUAAUCUCGUUCAGUCUGGCACGUAUCUCAAUGUAUCGGACAAUAUGUUGCAAGCGACUGCAGACCGUUCCAAUUCAACAAGUAAUCGAGCAAACUACUAUUGCGAGUUGUUAUUAUUUAGGAUUAAUUUAUUUGUUGUGCUAAUAUAUAUUAGCCUGUUUUAGUCUUACUGUAAUUAGGUUCCCAGUAAUUACUUGCAAAACACUCAU